GUCUCUAUUGUACUUCUAGGUACUGUAGUACCAAACUCUUCUUCUCAGAGAACCUCCUACAAUUCAUAAGAAAUUAUGGACCUCAGAUGAAUAGUUACUGAGGGACUUCCCAUGUCCUGUGAGACAUUUCUGGUCGUGCGUGUGUUGUAGCCUACUGUGUGUGUGUGUGUGUGUGUGUGUGUGUUUGUGUGUGUGUUCAUAUUUGUCAGGGGUGUUUUAUCAGUUAGUGCCAGCUGCCUGCAACACACACACUCGGCUCAGAGUGACCUAAGAAACACAGUCCUCUCCUGAAGACACGCAGCACUGAAGUGAUCGGUAACCAUGAAGGGGCUUCUGCUCCUGUGUCUGCUCCCCCUGUUUGGAGGUCAAAGGUCAUCAGCAUGCCCCCACCUUUGCUCCUGCCAUGGCAGUCAGGUGGACUGCAGCAGCAAGUCUCUCACCUCCUCCUCGCUGCCCACCAGUUUCCCUGCUGGGACCACCUCCCUCCGUCUCCACAACAACCGGCUGGCCACCCUCCCUAACGGGCUCCUGGAUGGUUUGACCUCCCUCAACUCAGUCUCCCUUCAUGGUAAUCCCUGGGUGUGUGACUGUGGGGCUCUCUACCUGCGAGCAUGGCUGCUGCAUCAUCCCGCCACUCUCACGUCACACCUGGGUGUCAACUGCAGCUCCCCUCCUGGCCUCAGAGGGCGGCUGGUGGUGACUUUAACAGAGAGGGAGGUGCUGGAGUCCUGCCGCUACUGGUACUGUAAUCUGGCUUUGGUGUCACAGGUUUGUCUGUUUGUGUUCGUGGUGGUGCAGGGGGCUUUGCUGGCAGCUCUCAUUGUGUUCCUGAAGAGGUUUGAGAGGAUUUCCAAAGAGGCGAGGAAAACCAUGGAGGAGAGCUUCACAGCUGGGGAGAGUCUGAUAGACAAUGAGUACACGCCUUUAUAGGACAGCAGCAUCUGAGAUGGAAGAAGAAGAGCUGUUUAUCAUUUGCACAGCAGAGAAAAUGUCUCUUACAUGCUUUUGUGUUUCAGACUAUAAUUACAAAGUUCAUUUUAGGCACAACAAGGUGAAAAACUAGAAGGAAAACCCUCAAUAAAUGAGUAGAGAAACAUACGCAGAUGCUUCCAUACAGGAAACAAGUGGAGGGGUUUGAUAAGUAUGAAAAUACCAUGACUCUGAAUCCGGUUUAAUUUGUUACCAUGUAGGUUUUUACUUACCAGUACAAGGAAUUUGCUUUGGUAAAUUUGUGCAUAACAUAAACAAAGUAAGAGAAAUUAAAUUAGAAAUAAAAGCAAUAUUGCAAAAAUCAUGAGUCAUUCAAGAAACAUGAAUACAGAAUAGAAGAAAUUUAAAUAACCUAUGAAAAAAUACCACAAACUAUGUACGAGACAUCUGAAUUUAAAUGAAAGACCUGUUUUAAGAGGUGGUAGUUUGUGCAGAAAUGUGCAAAAUUGCUCAAGGAAUGAGCAGAAGUUCACAGUAUAAAGAACAUAUACAAGAAACAUGUAAUGUUCAGAGAUAAAGUUCCAAAGAUGUGCCUUAUUUAGUCCACUAAAUGAUGUGAAUCAUGUGCUUCAUCACCAAAUCUUAAAAGAUCUCAGGGAGAUUUCAUUGAAACUGUUCUGGCAGCUUGAUGGCCCAACACCUCACUAAGACACGUCUUCGACUAUGUUUGCCUCCCAUCUACAUCCAUAUAGCACCAUAGAACAGACUAAAUGAAAAUAAAGAUUAAAACAGCCUAAAACACAAGUGUCUGACCAGUUUUGGAUUCUUAAACCAAUGUCUUUAUUUUAAAGUAAAUUUUCUUCUAACAAUAUAUUGGAUUAUUCAUUCAUUCAUCUUCUAACCGCUUCAUCCUCUUGAGGGUCGCGGGGGGGCUGGAGCCUAUCCCAGCUGACAUCGGGCGAGAGGCAGGGUACACCCUGGACAGGUCGCCAGACUAUCGCAGGGCUGACACAUAGAGACAAACAACCAUUCACACUCACAUUCACACCUACGGACAAUUUAGAGUUAGCAUAUUGGAUUAUAUGAAUUAAAAUCAAUUAAUUUAAGGACCCCUUAGAUAUGAUUAUUAGACAGUUGUGAUGUAGUGAACAGGACAUUUUACAGAUGACAAAUUAACUUGUACAAACCUAUCACUUUGUUAAUUAUCAGCCAGACUUUGAUACUGAUGUGUCUGUGUUUACACAUCAGUUGAUAAUAUUGCAAAUGUAAAGCUUCAGUCUGUACAGCUGCACUCAUCACUUGCUCACAAUGAACACUUUUUAUUGACAUAAUAUUAAUGACAACAUGAAGAAAGUCCAGCUUUCUACCCAAAGUUUUGACAACACAGAUCCUUCUGCCUGGUUGAAAUAUCACAUUUAUAUUUUCUAUUUUUAAAGGCUCAUGUGGUUUAAAAAAAAAAAGAUCAAUAAAAAUGUGUUUUUAGCACCUUGAGAUGCUUUAUUUGCAGAUGUGAGCAAUCAAAAUAAUCUCAACUGAAGACUUCCAACUGGUCCUACCAAAGGAUCUAGAUUUCUCCUUCAAGGUUAACACAGUUUAACACAUUCAUCAUCAUACUUGCAAUUACCCAUGUUGUUGAGCUAGUGUGCUGUCUCUGAGAAAUUCACUGUAUUUCAAACUUAAGUGUAUGUGGGUUUUUUUAUACUAAUUUGGUAUGUUAGCAGGUCACUUGUGGUCCAUUCAGAAUGAACCUGUGACCCACCAGUUGGGAACCACAGGUCUAAGGUACAUUAUGAAUAUCUUAUAGGGUGUUAAUGUGUGUGUGUGUGUGUGUGUGUGUGUGUGUGUGUGUGUGUGUGUGUGUGUGUGUUUAAAUAUUGUAGAAAUUUCUUCAUCAGAAAAAAUGAAUAACAAAUUACUCUGAUUUUUUGAUUUUUUUUUAGACGUUUCUUUUUUAGUAUUUGCAACCACAUUUUGAUGUUUUAAAGACAAAAUAAAUGCUACAAGUGUAAUUAAAAGUUACUGAAACUGUGUGACAAGGUUGUGUAUUUCUUGUUAUGAUUAUGAUGAUGAUGAUGAUGAUGAUGAUGAUUUAAAUAAAUCAUUGCAUUAUUGAUGAAAGUAAAGACGUAAUUUAAUGGAAACAUGAUAUGCACAUUUUUCUUGAAUUUCUUUUGAGUGAGUUUCACUAAGAAAAUAAAUUAGUUGAUUUAUUCAAACAGA